AUGUCUUUCCUUCAUAAUCAUUCUUGCGAGUGCGUUAAGUCAGAAUUGGAUUUGUUUGCACUACCGUCUACACAAACUAGCAUUGAAAAUGGAUUGUGGAUUCAUUAUAAACCAAUUUCAUCUCUUGGUGAUGAUGGACCUAUCGAGUUUCAAGUUCCUGGGACCGGCGAUGACUACAUAGAUUUGUCUCAUACAUUACUCCACAUAAAGGCAAAAGUAUUAAAUCAAGAUUCAACUAACUUGGUAUCUACUACAAUAGUAGCACCUGUAAAUAAUUGGCUGCAUUCACUUUUUAGUCAACUUGAUGUUUAUUUAAACCAAAAACUUGUAUCACCACCUAAUAAUAUCUAUGCAUAUCGAGCAUACAUGGAAACCCUUUUAAACUAUGCCCCUGCUGCUAAACAAUCUCAUCUUACUUGUAGUCUUUGGUAUGAGGAUACAGCAGGAAAAAUGGAUUCUGCAGAUGGUAAAAACAUAGGAUUUGUUAAAAGACAGGAAUUGAUUAGUGAAAGUAAGGAAAUAGAAAUGAUUGGUCAUCUUCACGGUGACAUUUUUAACCAAGAUAAAUUUUUAAUUAAUGGUGUUGAAAUGAGUGUUAAAUUGGUUCGAUCAAGAGAGAGUUUUAAUUUAAUUGUUGGGUCAAACGAUGUAAAGUUUAAAGUUUGCAUUACGGACGCAACUCUUAUUGUUCGACGAGCACGAAUUAAUCCAAGUGUAUUACUCGCACAUCAAAAAGUUUUAGCUUCUACCACUGCUAAAUAUCCUAUUACUCGAGCUGAAGUAAAAGUUUUAACAAUUCCUUCGGGUGUUCAAGGAAAAACUCUUGAUAAUAUAUUUUUAGGACAGGUACCGAAAAGAUGUAUAAUUGGAUUUGUGAACAAUUCUGCAUUUAAUGGUUCCCUUACUAAAAAUCCAUUUAACUUUGAAAACUAUGGUAUUAAUUCUUUCAGCUUAUAUAUUGAUGGUCAACAAAUACCUUCAAAAGCUUUGCAACCAUCUUUUAAUAAUAGCAUAUUUACAUCAGCAUAUCAUACUCUAUUCUCGGGAACUGGUAUUCACUUUCUUAAUGAAGGAAAUGGAAUCUCUUGUGAACAGUAUGGCAAAGGUUACUGUCUAUUAGCAUUUGACUUAACUCCUGAUUUAUCAGCUAACUCAUCAACUCAUUGGAAUCUCAUAAAGCAUGGUAGUGUAAGAAUAGAAGUACGAUUUGAAUCCUCAUUAAUACAAACAAUUAACUGUAUAGUUUAUGCUGAGUUUGAUAAUAUUAUUGAGAUAGAUAAAAACAGAAAUGUUACUGUAGACUAUAGUAGUUAA